ACACAAAGAGUCAAAGUCCAGUGUAUUCUCAUGUUUCAAGCAUAUUUUCCUCGUAUUUUUGUUAUAUAACUAUUCGUUGAACUUACUGCGGUUUCAAGAUGACGGACUACUUAUAUGAAAAUUGGAUAAAUAUAUGGGAAGAAUUUUUGGGUGUCGUGGAGCCACAUUUACCAGAGCAUUUGCACUGGAACGAAUUGUGUUGGACAUUUGUCUUCUACUUAAAUGAAGUUCGUUUAUUUAUACAUCACAAAACAAAUGGAUUGGAAAAUUGGGAGAUUGUCGUCAACACCAUUACUUAUUGUUUCUUUGUGUUCUUGUUUUUGGAAGUAUUAUUAAGAAAAGUUGUACCAUUUAUAUUCUUCAAUGAUGAAGGUUUUUUCAAUGUUAUAAAACAGAAAAUAUUUUGGCUUGCAAGACGAUUACCAGUAAUAGGGACUAAAAUACAAGCAGAAAUCGACAAAUCAAUAGCAGAGUUGGAAGCCACUGCUUUUAAAGUAAACGGACAACCAUAUGUUAAAAAGUUGCUGUGGAAUGGGAUGAAAUCUAAUGAACUCAUGAAACUUGUACAGAGAUAUCAAGAAAUUGAUGACAAAUCCGUUGUCGAUGAUGGCUACGUCUCAGGAGCUGUUUAUGCUCAAGAUAAUGAAUUAAGUGAAUUGAUGGUGCAGAUGUACAAAAAUUAUUCGUGGGCUAAUCCUUUACAUGCAGAUGUUUUUCCAGACGUUCGCAAAAUGGAAGCUGAAGUUGUCAGCAUGUGUGUUAAUAUGUUUAACGGUGAUGAAAAUUGUUGUGGAACGAUGACAUCUGGUGGAACUGAAAGCAUAUUAAUGGCAUGCAAAUGCUAUAGAGAGCUUGGGAGAGCUAGAGGAAUCCAAGUUCCUGAAAUUAUUGCACCUUACAGUGUCCAUCCAGCUUUUGACAAGGCUUGUCACUAUUUUAACAUGAAGCUGACGCAUAUACCUGUUGACAAAAAGACAGGUCGGGCUGAUGUGAAGGCAAUGAAAAGAGCUAUCAGCAGGAGAACAAUACUGUUAGUAGGAUCUGUUCCAGGAUUCCCACAUGGUUGCAUUGAUCCAAUCGAAGAUCUUUCAAAGCUGGCUAAAAGAUAUAACCUCUACUUUCAUGCUGAUUGCUGUCUUGGUGGUUUUCUUGUGGCUUUUAUGAAAAAAGCUGGAUUUCAUGUUCCUCCAUACGAUUUUACGUUACCAGGUGUGACAAGCAUAUCUGCAGAUACGCACAAGUAUGGGUUUGCACCUAAAGGUUCAUCAGUUGUCUUAUUCCGCAGCAAAGAAAUAAGAAAACAGCAGUACUUCGCACAACCCAACUGGAGCGGUGGAGUAUACGCCUCUGCUACUAUACCUGGAAGUAGACCUGGAAAUGUCAUUGCUUGCACCUGGGCUUCCAUGAUGUACCACGGAGAAAAGGGUUAUGUUGAGAGUACAAAAUUGAUCGUAAAUACAGCCAGAUAUAUUGCUUCAAAAUUGGAGAAAAUUCCUGGUAUUCGAAUUAUGAGUCCAGUGGACGUUUCUGUUGUUGCUUUCACUUCAGACGUGUUUGAUAUAUACUUAAUGUCUGAUGAGCUGGCCAAAAUGAAGUGGCAUUUAAACCCACUCCAGUUCCCAUCAGGUCUUCACAUCGCAGUGACUGUACCUCACACUAAAAAAGGAGUGGCAGACAGGUUUAUCACAGACAUCUCAAAGGUGGCAGCCAAUCUUAUGAAAAAUCCGACACAAACAGCACAGGGAAAGGGAGCAAUAUACGGCUUAUCACAACAAAUUCCUGAUCGCACCAUCAUUUCAGACAUCACUACAGCAUUUUUGGACACCUACUAUAGCUGCACAGCAGGAUUGAAAGAAGAACAAAAAUAAAUACAAACAAGACAAAGAAUGAAAAAAAUUAAUGACAGGAUUUUUUUGAUGUUUUUUUUCUCAAAAAACCUAAUAAGUUACUAACUUUGAGGAACUUUUAAACGGAGUAUUUUUUUUGAAAAAAAUAAAUCACCCUCAGAUCCGCACUAGAAAUGUUCUGUCAGGUUUUAAUAACAUUAUGAAGUUAUUCAUAUUAGCGUAUACCGGUAAGGAAACCAUGCUCUACCUAAUGUGGUCACGCCCAUUACUUCAAAUACCUCGAGAUACCCUACCUAAUGUGAUCAUGCCUAUUAUUUGCAUCACCGCCACAUACUCCACCUGAUGUGACCCCGCCCCUUACCUACAACAGCCUUACAUAAUCUACCUAAUAUGAACCCGCCCGUUACUUUAAUACCCCAACAUAUUCUACCUAAUAUAACCCCUUCUACUUUUCAUUGCAGCGAAAGUAGUUUUUUUGUGUUUUCCUUGUGAGUGCUUACUUAUUGCAGUAUGAAAAUUGUUUUGGGUGAGAUUAUGACUAAAAAACUACAGGUAGUAUUUUGUAUUUAAUAGCAUUUUUUGAAAUACUGACACAUUUUUUUAUAUUUCAGCGAUGACUGUCCAAAGUUUGUGAAGUAAUGCAAACGAUCUUGAAAUCACGCCUGUAAAUUUCCAAGUUUUGUUACAAAAACCCAUUCAUACGAAUUCAAUACCAAUCCAUCAUGUGACAUUUCUUUUUGUCGCUAAUUUUUUUUUAAAAAAAUAUUUUUUCCCCAACAAGUAACCAGUCAAAUUUUAGUUCAUAUUCAAUUGCAUUGCAUUUAUUGUUAUCAGUACUCAAUGUAACUGAUUUGAUGUUAUAUUUGAAGUAAUUUACCUAACUUUUGUUUUAUAAUUAUAUCUUGAAUUUUGUUUUUAUGUUGUCAAACUUUUUUAUGAAAGUAAUAUAAUGAUUCCACUUC